GAGCUUCUUGGUUGGCCGUUCCAAAUUCUCCCAUUCAUUUAAAUAGAAGGGGCCUGUCUCUGUUAAAUAAUCUCUGAUCAAAUUGAUGGCGGAAUUCUGAAUCUUCUCCGGUGAAACGCGUCCUCUGCUAUAUUUCUAUACAUUCAAAUAUUGUAAAUAACUUCCACUUUUACUUGUUGGGAAAGUGAAUAAUCAGCCGUAUAUUUAAAGGAAUGGCUGAAACUGGCUCAGUUCAAGCAGAUGGCAUGAAACAUGACAGCGCUUCAUCCCCUGGUGUCUCCGAUCAAGAGAAAGAGAUGGCAACCAAUGCUUUUGAGGCCUUUAAGACUGGAAGCUAUGAUGUGUCCCUGAAACACCUAGACAGCCUUCAGGAGUUGAACAAGGAGGACUACAAGAUUUCAAUGAAUAAAGCUGUUGCUGAGUUCUUUAAAACUGGACAGACAACAACCAGCACCCUGAAGCAGACGUUGAUGUUCUUGAAGAAUCAGAUGCACACAUCUGUGGAUGAUUCUGAUGGUUUGGAUGAUGUUGAAAACGGUAAUCUUGACUACAAUCAAGCGGUGAUUCAUUACCACAUGCGACAAUAUUCAGAAGCUAUAUCCAUCGGGGAGAAGCUGUACCAGUUUCUCGAUCCUUUUGAAGAGAGGUUUGCUCAGGCCAUUUGUUUCCUGUUGGUGGAUCUUUACCUGCUUACCUUCCAGCCGGAGAAGGCCCUGCAUCUGCUGGCUGUGCUGGAGAAACUGACUGUGAAGGAAGUAACCAACAAGAAUAGCAAAGGAGAGAGCACCAACAACACAAAUAAAGAGUCUGCUGCUCAAAAGGCAGAGUUCACAGCUAUGAUCGAGGCAGCUAAAUCAAAGAUGCACCAGUAUAAAGUACAAGCCUAUAUACAGAUGAAGUCACUGAAGGCCUGCAAACGAGAAAUCAAAUCCGUGAUGAACACAACUGGUAAUUCUGCUUCCUCACUCUUCUUGAAGAGUAAUUUUGAGUACUUGAGAGGAAAUUACCGUAAAGCUGUGAAACUCCUCAACAGUUCAAACAUUGCAGAACAUCCAGGACCCUUGAAAACAGGUGAAUGUGUGAGGUGUAUGUUCUGGAAUAAUCUUGGCUGUAUCCAUUUUGCCAUGGGGAAACACAACCUUGGUCUGUUUUACUUCAAAAAAGCACUUCAGGAAAAUGACCACACAUGUGCUCAGCUUGGGGACGGCAGUAAUGGACCGGCAGCCAAGAAGUUCACAGGCAUCCCCAUGUGCGCUUUGUUAGCUAAUAAGCGCUAUGAGCUUCUGUAUAACUGUGGGAUUCAGUUGCUUCAUCUCGGCCGGCCGCUGGCAGCUUUUGAGUGUCUGAUGGAGGCGGUGCAGGUGUAUCACUCUAACCCUCGACUCUGGCUCAGACUCGCAGAGUGCUGCAUCACAGCUAAUAAAGGGAGUUCAGAGCAGGAAACAAAGGGUUUGCCCUGUAAAAAGGGGAUUGUACAGGCUGUUGUUGGGCUGGGCUACCAUCGCAAGAUUGUUCUAGCAUCACAGUCCACACAAAACAACAUCUACAGUGAGGGUCAGUCAGCAGCAAUCCCAGUGGCCAGUAUGGAGUUUGCGGCAAUUUGUCUACGUAACGCAUUGCUCCUGCUACCAGAGCACCAGCAGCAUGACAGUAAACCAGACAAUGGCUCCAAGAGCUGCAGCAUGGAAAGCAGCAACGAGACAAGCGAUGCCUGCAGUGGGAAGAGUCAAGAGGGAAACAAGUUCAUUCCUGCUGCCCCCUCAUCACCUUUGAGGAAACAAGAGGUGCAGAAUCUCAGGUGCUCAAUUCUAGCCUGCAGUGCAUAUGUGGCUCUUGCUCUUGGGGACAACUUAAUGGCUCUUAACCAUGCAGAAAAGCUCCUACAUCAGACGAAGCUGUCAGGAUCUCUCAAGUUCCUGGGUCACCUAUAUGCUGCUGAAGCCCUGAUCUCCCUGGACAGAAUUUCUGAUGCUAUUGCGCAUCUCAACCCAGAGAACGUUACUGAUGUCUCAUUAGGUGUGUCACCCAGUGAACAAGACCAAGGUUCUGAUAAAGGAGAUCUGGAGCCUGUGGAGUCCUCAGGGAAGCAGACUCCUUUAUGUUACCCCAGCUCGGUGAGCUCCGCCAGGGCCACAAUGCUCUUCAACUUAGGCAGUGCGUAUUGCUUGAGGAGUGAGUAUGAGAAGGCCCACAAGUGCCUUCAUCAGGCUGCUUCAAUGGUGAACACCAAGGAGAUUCCUCCAGAAGCCAUUUUAUUGGGUGUCUACUUGGAACUUCAGAAUGGAAACACACAGCUGGCCCUACAGAUAAUCAAACGGAAUCAGCUCCUCCCCUCCGUCAAGCCCGUCUCCUCCCCUGACCUUCACAAGAAACCUGCUCCCUUCCAGUCAUCCCAGCCUGUACAGCCCAUACAGACACCCUCCUCCUUUACACAAGUACAGCGCAAGUGAUUCCACCUGCACACAAACUCCCAAACACAUGCCGAAACGCAUCUUUUUAAAUAUUAUUUAUGAGGCUUCAGCAACUCUGAUGAAUGGAUGGAAAUCAUUGAAACAAGGAACUGGAGAAUUGUGGACUGGUCGCGAAGUCUUUUAGAAAUAUGUAUUGUCCUUUUGGGGUCUAUGAAAUUAUAAAUAAAUUGUAUUUACACUUGCUGUUAGUGUGUGACAUUAAUGGGUUGGUGACUAAGGCUUUGUUUACACUGCACAUAAAUCUGAUUUGUCAAAUCCAAUCCUGAGAACUGACUGUCUGCACUGUCAUUUGUCAAUUUUUUGGGGGGGUGGAUUUAAAACCACACAUGACAGAUUUGAAAGGUUUUGUUUGUUCAGAUUAUAAUUAAAACUGAUUUGAGUCAGAUGCAACAACAAAAUCAGAUUUUUGCUGUCUAAACGAAGCCAAAGUGACCAGUAUCCAGAUUAUUUGACCGACUGUAUAUAGACUGGGAUUUAUUUAAAAGAUAAAAGUUUUGAAAAUCUGCAUGGAGCACUUACUGUAUAUUCCUUAAAGAAGAGAUAUAUCAUGUGGUAGUAUAAAAACAAACUAAUAAUGGAUCAACAGUAAACAAUGGAAAACCAUAAAAUCAUUGAGACAUGUUUCAACAUGAAUUAAAAUGUCAAAACAUAUGUAAGGUUUUUGUAUAUUUUUAAAGGUUUGGUAAUUGUAUAACUGGAUUCCUCCUUUACUGCUGCAUAAAGACUACAAUAAAUGUCAGCUUGUCUCUGGC